UCAUUCGCGAGCCGCGUUUGCUUUCGAGGCGACGCGCUAUUACUUUGUACGCUCACGUCGCGCUGUCAACUGUCAUUUAGUCACGAUAGUUCCUCCGCCGAUCGUGUUUUGUUUGGUUACAAGUUUAACACUGUCGGUUAACAGUGCUCACACAACACAGACGCCGGGCUAGUGUGCUAACACUGAUAAGUAAUAAUAAGGAAUAACAUACCAGCGGCGCAGAGCCGGGAACCUCGCGCUAACGACGCGCUGCGGAAUUUUUAAAGGGUGCGGCCUGCCCCGCGCGCAGCAUGCGGCUCAUCAUCCUGGAGGACGCGGACGUGGUGGCGGACUGGGCGGCGCGCUUCGUGCUGCAGCGCAUCACACAGUUCGCGCCGGGCCCCGGGCGCCGCUUCGUGCUGGGCCUGCCCACGGGCGGCACGCCGCUGGGCAUGUACCGCCGCCUCAUACAGUUCCACAAGGAGGGCCGCCUGUCCUUCCAGUACGUCACCACCUUCAACAUGGACGAGUACGUCGGUCUGCCGCGCGACCACCCCGAGUCGUACCACUACUACAUGUGGAACGAGUUCUUCAAGCACAUCGACAUCGACCCGGCGCAGGCGCACGUGCUGGACGGCAACGCGCCCGACCUGGUGCUGGAGUGCACGCGCUUCGAGCGGCUCAUCGCGCAGGCCGGCGGCGUGCGCCUGUUCGUGGGCGGCAUCGGGCCCGACGGCCACAUCGCCUUCAACGAGCCGGGCUCGUCGUUGGUCUCGCGCACGCGCGUCAAGACGCUGGCCUACGACACGCUCGAGGCCAACAAGCGCUUCUUCGGCAACGACAUCUCCAAGGUGCCGCGGCAGGCGCUCACGGUGGGCGUGGGCACGGUGAUGGACGCGCGCGAGGUCAUGAUCCUGAUCACGGGCGCGCACAAGGCGCUGGCGCUGGCCAAGGCGGUGGAGGAGGGCGUCAACCACAUGUGGACCGUGUCCGCCUUCCAGCAGCACGCGCAGACGCUGUUCGUGUGCGACGAGGACGCCACGCAGGAGCUGCGCGUCAAGACCGUCAAGUACUUCAAGGCGCUGAGCGACGAGCACCAGAAGAUGAUCGAGGGCGCGCCCGCCGGCGAGGCGCUCGUGCUGCACUGACGCCGCCUCGCUCGCACGCGCACGAGUCUGAUGGGCGAGCACAACAAGAUGAUCGCGGACACGCGACAGAGCGACCCCGCCUGACGCCCCCCGGCGCCCGCGCAUCGCUCCUGCUGCUCGCCGCACGCCUGCUACACACUACACUACGUCGUCCAACUUAUCUACACUUCAUGUAAUUAUAAGAUUAUUUUUACUUUUAUAUAACAAUUGUAAAAUUAUAUUUUAUCAUUAAAUUGAAUAUAAGAAUAUGUUACGA